AUGUGUACGAACAGCGUACUCUUGAGAAACCUCGAAUAUUACAUAGACGAGCUGGUGGACUGUUUCCAAGAGUUCGUGAAGAGGUCUAUAAUAGUACUGACUGUGGCGUUAGGAACCAUCAUCUUGUUGGUCAUGUAUGUGAUCAAGGUGCUGUCUGAGCGAUCUCCUGGCCCACAGAUGGUAACAUGCCACCCAGGAGAAAGUAACGUAUGUUGCCUCGAUGACGUCGAUGGCACUAUUUGCACAGGUCUCGCGGAGGACUCUGACUCUGAAUCCUCAGAAGAAUGUCAAGCCCCAGAGGAAACGUCAUCUGAAGAAGAGGAACCUGUCAAAGUAAAAAAACCCAAGAAAGUCAAAGAAGAGAAAGUCGAAGAGAAAGUUGUAUAUAAAGUCGAAGAUAAAGUCGUAUAUAAUGUCGAAGAACCAGUCGAAGAAGUAUAUGACGUUGAAGACGAAUUAGAAGACAUUGAAGAUGUGCUCGAAGAUAUACCAAUAGUUGAAGAUAUACCUAAACCUAAAGAUAAACCUAUACCUUCUUUUGAACCAAAGCCAGAACCUAAACCUGAAGUUAAGGAAGAACCUAUAGAACCUAAACCCAAAGCUAAGCCGAUUGACAACUAUAAUAGCAAAAUGUAUUUUAAACAAGAAGAGGACAUUAAGGAAAUAGAACCUGAGAUUGAAUCUGUCACUCAGCAGGUAUUGAUAUCGCAACCGAGUUUCGAUGAAGCAGUUCUGAGGGAAAUUGGAUUUUCUUGCUGUGCCAAGCCCUGCAUUGUUACACUAGAAGCUGGCUGUAAGAUCAAGAAACUUGCGGUGUGCCCAGCUGAUCCACCAUGCAAUAACCCAUGCAAACCGAAACCUGCAGUGUGUUCACCUGCGCCAUGUGAUCCGAACCCGUGCCCAGCCAAACCGAAACCUUCAGUGUGCGGACCAGGACCACCAUGUAAUCCAACCCCAUGCUCGGGCAAACUGCCGAAACCUACAGUGUGCUCAAUUGAACCACCAUGCCCAGCCAAUCCGAAAACUUCAGUGUGCUCAACUGGACCACCAUGUAAUCCAAACCCAUGCAAACUGAAACGUUCGUGCCCAAAUACCGCAUGCAAUAACUCGUGCGUGACCAGGCCGAAACAUACCGUAUGCCCAAAUGAUCCACCUUGCAGUAACCCAUGCAUGCACCCAUGCAUGGCCAAAUCAAAAGAUAAGAUGUGCCCAAAUAAUCCACCCUGCAGUAACUGCAGUAACGUAUGCAGUCAAUCAUGCAACCCAUGCCUUUCCAAACAUCUGUCCACUCGCCGUCCUUGCACAAAGUUCAUAUCAAACCGCAACUCCUGCUGCUCAAUGUGCUGCUUAGACGAGCCACAGUGGAUGAUAGACAAAACCAACAACACUUGAAGAAACGGCCCAAAUUCAACCUUAUAUUAUAACACUUAAAGAACAAAACGCAUUGAUAUCAACGACAACGAAAUUUUCGUAAAAAUAUAUAAAACGUCUUGACUCGUUUGUAUUUGUUCUUUUAUGAGUUUUUUAUAUAUUAUGCUAUAUUCUUUGAGAACAUAACGUGCGCAUAGAAUGUUGUUAGUUAGGUUAUAUCAUAAUAUUGUAGUGUAUUUUUGUCUUGUUAUUAAUUUAGUAGUUUAUAGAACAAUGUUCGUAUUAGUGAACGUCAAAAUAAAAAAGUAAUUCUAAAAA